AUGUCGGAGACGAUGGACAGCGGGCCCGACACGGAGAGCGGGCCACUGCUGCCGGGGCAGUCCCCCAUGCAAACACAGCAAACCCAGGCGCCGCGCCGUGUGACGGCCCGAAAGACAGCGAGGAACACCGCGCGCGAUCUUCAGGCACGACAAGUGACACAGGACCGCAGGCGCUCGCCGCGCACCGUCGUUGUGGACGAUGACGACGACGACGGUGACGGUAAGGACGACGACGACGAUGAUGAUGAUGAUGGCGAUGAUGAAGACAGUAACCUCGACAAUCACGGCGACGACGCCGUGAUUGUGGAGGACGACUCUGCCGCUGUUGACGAGAGUGGGCGGACAUCUUCCGCCUCUGCUUCGGCUUCCGCUACCGCCAGUACCGCUGCCAACACCACGGAGCACCGCGACCACAUUGCUUUCAUCCCUCAUCACGACACGGUCACCUGUGCUGGUGAAGACCAGUAUGGCGACACAACCCUCUGCAAAGACUCGAUCUGUGCGCUGGCGGAGUUUGUGGAUAACUCCCUGACGGCCGUGCGCAAGAUGAAGCAGAAGCAGAUUGAGAUCAUUGUCAUGCGUGAAGGCGACGAGCCCAUCCUUGCGAUUGUUGACAGUGGAACAGGCAUGGACAAGCCCGACAUCCAAGCAUUUGCGCGCUAUCACUACACCACCUCUCAUCGUCGCCCCGACGUGACCAACGAGUAUCCAAACCCGCGCGUGCAGUUCCACCACCACUACCUCAACUCCGGCAUCUCCCACUUUGGUGUCGGCGCAAAGCAGGCCGGGUUUUAUCUCGGCAACACGCUCGAUGUGUACACGCACACGGCGGACAGCGACACCACGCUGUACUUCAGCAUGUCCAAGGCCGAGUUUGACCGCCUGAGCGAGAGUGACGAGAACCCGUUCCAAGGGGACGUGGUGAGCAAGCCGCCAGUCAAGUCCACACUGCCCAAGCCCGUCGCCGAGGCGUCUGCACUUCUUGAUGACAUUGACACGAACAAGUCAAAGUCGUACACCUGCGUCGUCAUCAGGGGCCUGAACGCAAACACGCUUGACGUGCUUUCGAACAUGCCGCGCGUGGCUGAGGAGCUUGUGAACAUCUACCACUACUACAUCCACGGCAUCCCAGGCAACGUCCCCAGCGACGAAAUGGGAAAACUGUCACACCCCUCUUACGAGCACGCCCGCAAAGCCAUGGUGCCGAUUGAGAUGACGCUGUGUGACGUGAAGCCGACCCCAACGUCCGUGGACGUGCACCGCCUCGACCUCACCACCGUCCAGGGCGACUACGAGACAAGGUGUCUUCGCUCGGCCGCCGACUUCUUCAACUUUUCGCUGACGUGCGAGCGCACCGUGCAGCGGAGAAAAGUGAAAUACGAAUUCGAGCACGCUUGGGAUGACACUCGCUAA